UAAAAGACCAAAACGUUUUACAUCAUCAUCAGUUCCGAUAAUUAAUUUGUUAGUGAUUUCAAAUUGAUCAAAAUGUCAGAAGUCAAAGUUAAAAUACAAGAUGAACCACCAAGACCCAGAAAAUUAAUCGGAGUACGACAUUUACAGUACGUUUUACUAUUCCUCUCACUUUUGAUUUAUUUCGGCAUGCGAAUAUCCCUCUCAGUGUCCAUAAUUUCAAUGACUGAUGACUUACCUCCAGAUCCCAACAUUCCCACGUAUCCAGAAUGGGACAACACCGACACAAUCCAAUCAUCAUUUUUCUGGACUUACACACUCCCCCAAGUAUUUGCCGGCCAACUAAGCGAGUAUUUUGGCCCCAAAUGGUUCCUGGUUAGUACCAUGAUCCUGACGUCAAUUGUCAACAUUGCUAUCCCACCCAUGGCUGCACUAAUGGGCUCAACGGGAGUCAUUAUCUGUCGUCUACUACAAGGAGUAUUGCAGAGCGUUUUAUACCCCUCAGUUCACUACUUGAUAAGUCGGUGGUCACCCCUUUAUGAAAGAUCAAGAGUUUCAAAUUUUGUCUACGGGGGUGAAGUGCUAGGAACGGCAGUUUCUAUGUCACUGACAGGGGUAAUUUGUGGGUCAAACUGGGGGUGGCCUGCAUCAUUUUACGGCUAUGGAGGAGUCGGGGUUGGUUUUGCAAUCAUUUUUGCCAUUUUUGCCGAAAAUUCACCCUCUUCUCAUAAAGGGAUAACAGAGGAAGAAAGGGAUUACAUAGAAAGCAGCAAUUCGAUCAAUGUGGAAAAGGUAUUUGGCAAAUUAGCUUUACAGUGUUGACAGUUUUUUUGUUGACAGAGGGUACCAACACCAUGGUGGUCAAUUGUGACUUCUCUACCAGUAUGGGCGAUUGUGAUUGCCGGUAUCGCCCAGUGUUUUGGUAGUUUUGCUCUAGUGACUGAAAUACCCAGCUACAUGGACAAUAUUAUGAACUACGAUAUUAAUUCAAACAGUCAAUUGUCAGCACUUCCAUACGUCAUCAAUUUUUUCCUUGGGCUUGCCGUCUCACCUCUGGCCGAUUUAAUCGCAAAACGAAAGAUUGUCACUAUUAGUGUUUCACGAAAAAUAUUUAACUCUCUCGCGUCAGUUUUACCAUCCAUAGGAUUAAUUUAUUUAGCUUUUUUGACCAAUUAUGAUAGAACCUUAGUAACGGUACUCCUUAUUAUAUCAGUUAGUACUUCGACGUUUUGUCAAUCUGGGUACUUGAUAAAUGUGGUAGAUGUGGCCCCAAACCAUUCUGGAACACUUUUCGGAAUUGUCAAUGGUAUUAACAAUGUUUUCUCCAUGUUGGCACCUUUAAGUAUAACAUUCUUUGGUACUAAUAAAAAAGACCCAAAUUUGUGGAAAAAUUUUUUCCUGCUUUCGGCGGGAAUCUACCUAGGCUGUGGUCUGUUUUACUGCCUGUUUGCCUCAGCUGAGGUACAAAGUUGGAACGAUGAAAAGGAGGAAGAAUCUGAUAAGCCAAAAAUUGAAAAGACUGAUUCAAGUAUUUUUCUUCGUGAUCUCGAAAGUAAAAUGUUGGAGCAAAAAAAUGAGAUUUUAUCCCUUCAAAUCAGCGAUUCUCCCCAAAAACCAAAAAAUUUCAUCGGAGUCAGACACUUCCAAUUCGUUCUAAUGUUCUUCUCAAUUCUGAUUUCAUUCGCUAUAAGAACCUCUUUAUCAGUUUCAAUCAUUUCAAUGACGGCUAAAACACCUCCUGGGUCUAGUAUACCGACUUAUCCUGAAUGGAACAAUGUUGAUAUAAUCCUCUCCUCCUUUUUUUGGGGCUACAUAAUCCCCCAAGUCGGUGCUGGCCAACUAAGCGAAUUUUUUGGCCCUAAAUGGUUUCUAGUCACUACCAUGAUCAUCAGUUCUCUUGCCAACAUUGCCAUACCGCCUUUGGCUGCCACUUUAGGCCCUUCUGGAGUUAUCACAUGUCGUGUAAUUCAAGGUCUAACUCAAGGUUUUCUCUACCCUUCAAUCCUGAAUCUUAUAAGCCGGUGGGCCCCUUUAUGUGAAAGGGCCCGAGUUUCAAAUUUCGUCUACGGGAGUAAUAGUCUAGGAAUGGCAAUUGCCAUGCCACUAACCGGGGUUAUAGCCGGCUCAAAUUUAGGUUGGCCAGUUGCGUUUUACAUGUUCGGGGGUUUAGGGAUCGUUUGGGCUGUUGUUUUUGCAAUUUUUGCCCAAAAUUCACCCUCGGACCAUAAGGGAAUUUCAGAGGAGGAAAAAUCGUACAUAAUGAGGAAUACUUUUGUGACUACUAAACAGAAAAAAGUGCCAACUCCGUGGUUAAAAAUUGUAACGUCACUACCGGUUUGGGCUGUUUUAUUGGCUUCCAUAGCCCAGUGUUUCGGUUAUUUUACCCUAAUGGCCGAAAUGCCAACUUACAUGAGCAACAUGUUGAAAUUUGAUAUCAAUUCUCACAGUGAAUUGGCUGCAUUGCCAUACUUGGGUAACUUUUUUUUGGGCCUUUUUGUGUCACCUUUAGCCGACUUGCUUGUAACGAAAAAAAUCUGUACGAUUAGUACAGUGAGAAAAAUUUUCAAUGGCUUAGCCACUUUUGUUCCUGGUGCUGCUUUAAUUUAUCUCGCAUUUCUUGAAAAUUUUUCAGAAGUUGUGGUAACAACACUUUUAGUCAUAGCUUGCAGUUUCUCAUCUUUUAUUUACUCGGGUUAUAUUGUGAAUAUUAUAGACUUUGCCCCUAAUCAUUCUGGGACAAUUAUGGGGGUGGCUAAUUGCAUCGGGAAUAUUUUUUCGAUUUUAGGGCCAAUAACUGUGGGGAUCUUUGGCGAUGAUAAAAAUGACCCCCUUUUGUGGAGAAAAGUUUUUCUUCUAGCUGCUGGAAUUUACGGCACCUGUGGCUUGUUUUAUGUCAUUUUUGCAUCGGCAGAAGUGCAGAGUUGGAAUGAUGCAAAAGAAGAAGAAAACGAUAAAAACGAAAAAGUUUAAUUUAUUAAUUAUUUCUCAGCAAUUGUGAUUAAUACGAAAUGAAAGAAAUUGUUCGUCGAACGUAGCGAGUGAUAGGCAGUAGUUCAAUACACUAUUUUUUCUACAAAAUAGUAAGAGACGUAAUUAUUUGAACAUGCAAGUAUUUGAAAAUAAUGUUGAUAAAAUAUUAAAUAUAAGGCUCCAUAAACGUAGAAAUAAAGUUUUUGUGUAAUUUUUGUACAAAAUUAUGUAAAAAAUGCUGAAGUAAAUAACUACAACCAAAAAAAUAAAUCUUCCUUAAUUAUAUCUUAUCCUCCUGUUAUCUGUAUUGUGUUGUUUGUAAACACAUUUAAAUAAUAAAUACUUGAUAUUUUU